AUGUGUAAUAAGCAGACGUUAUGGGAGCUGAACAGGACGAGAGUGUUCCAGGCCGGAGAGGGGCGUCUGCAACACUACAGUAUGUUACUGGAUGAGACUCAGGAAAGGCUAAUCAUCGGAGGAAAAGGCAUACUGUACGCACUCAAUCUGGAGCGCAUCAUUGCCCCUCACAAAGAGAUUCACUGGCCGAGCUCUGAGGAGCAGGUGGGGGAUUGUUUAAUGCAGGGAAGAGAGAAGCCGGAGUGUGCAAACUACAUUAAGCUGGUGCAGCAUUAUAACAGCACCCACCUGUUAGCAUGUGGGACUGGAGCCUUCAGCCCAGUGUGUGCCUAUAUCAGAGUGGGCCGUGGAACAGAGCUGGAAGGAGAGUUCAGGUUGGAGUCUGAUCACAUAGAGAGUGGCAGAGGAAGAUGUCCAUUCCAUCCCAACAGCCCUUCAGCAUCCACUAUGUACCGUGGGGAGUUGUUUGUUGGCUUGUACACUGAUUAUUGGGAGAAUGAUGCCGCUCUAUAUCGUCUAGGCAACCGCAGUUUCAUUAGGACUGAAGUGGGUGACAGACAGCAGCUGAAUGAGCCCAAGUUCGUGGGUUCGACAGUGAUCCCUGACAAUGACGAUCCUGCUGAUGAUAAGGUCUACUACUUCUUCACGGAACGAGUGACCAACAUAGAAGGAGGAAACAAAGCCGUUUACACCAGAGUGGCCAGAGUCUGUGCGAAUGACCAGGGUGGUCAGAGGAUGCUGGUAAACAGAUGGAGCUCUUUCCUGAAGACUCGAUUGAUCUGCUCAGUGGCUGGACCCAACGGCAUUGACACACACUUUGAUGAGCUCGAGGAUGUGUUCGUGCUACGGAAGAAAGAUGAGAAAAAUCCAGAGAUCUUUGGUCUGUUUAGCACCACCAGUGCCGUCUUUAAAGGAUAUGCAGUGUGCAUGUAUAACAUGGAAGACAUCCGUGCGGCGUUUAACGGGCCUUUUGCAUACCGAGAACGAACUGAUCACCACUGGAAGGUGUACGAUGGCAGGGUCCCCUACCCACGACCUGGAUCGUGCGCCAGUAAGAUAAACGGAGGCCAGUUUUCCAGUUCAAAGGAGUAUCCGGAUGAGGUCCUGCGUUUUGUGCGUUCCCAUCCCCUCAUGUUCCAGGCGGUGCAGCCCGUUCACAGGCGGCCCAUUCUGCUGGACACUGAAGGAGGACGUAAACUCACACAGCUGGCAGUGGACCGGGUGGAAGCUGAGGACGGACACUACAAUGUUCUCUUCAUUGGAACUGAUAAUUCUGUAGUAUUAAAAAUGAUCACAAUCUACAACAAAGAAGCCGACACAGUUGAAGAAGUUCUUCUGGAGGAAUUGCAAGUUUUCAAGGUCCCUGUUCCUAUUACAGAGAUCCUCAUCUCUACCAAGCGACAACAGCUGUACGUGGGCUCUGAGCUGGGUGUAACACAGAUCCGUGUGCACCAGUGUGGGCUGUACGGUUCAGCCUGCGCCGACUGCUGCCUGGCCAGAGACCCCUACUGUGCAUGGGACGGGUUCACAUGUUCCCGGUACUACCCUGCUGGGCUGUAUACAAAAAGGCGCUUCAGACGGCAAGACGUCCGCCAUGGCAACGCGGUUCAGCAGUGCAACGGGCUUCAGCUUAGCGAGGAACAAAUCAUCUCAGAAAAGCUGGUAUAUGGUGUGGAGAACAAUAGUACCCUGCUGGAGUGCAGACCACGGUCACUGCAGGCGUCUGUAACAUGGUACAUUCAACAUGGCGUGGAUAUGGAGGAGGUAAAAGGCGAUGAUCGUGUGAUUCAAACCCCCCACGGCCUGUUGCUCCUUAAAAUAGCGAAGGGAGACGCAGGGGUCUACGUGUGCCAGUCCACAGAGCACGGCUUUGUCCAGACGGUGGUGCAUGUCAAUUUGGAGGUGUUGGAUGAGGGGAAAGUGGAGGGUUUGUUGCAUAAAGGCGAGGAAGAUGAAGGCGAUUCUCCACACAGACCUCCACCCUGCCCCUUCCCCAGCCUGCCCUCCGCUCCAUCCUCCUCAAAGCUCUGGUACAAGGAUUUCAUGCAGCUGAUUGGCUACAGCAACUUCCAGCAGGUGGAGCAGUACUGUGAGAAGGUGUGGUGCGUGUCUGACAGGAAGAGGAAGAAACUCAAGGGAAUGGCACCCAAAUGGCGGUACACACCCGGGGCAGAGCAGCGGGCGAGAGCACGGGCACCUCGACACACACAGGGACAGUAAAGACUGUUAGAACAUUCAAACUCAUGCUCAGUGCAGAUGAUUACAUACAGACAGUUUUAUUAUUGUUAUUAUUAAAAAAGUAAUGAUUGGUAAGUCAUUAAAGCAUUUCUUUUAGAGUCUUUAGAGUUGCAUCAUUUUACCUGAAAACAUUAAUCUGUAGUCAAUAUGCCAGAUUUGAAAAGGUACACUUUAUUUUUGGGUCAUUUUUCAUAGAUGUGUGAAAGCAAAAUAAA